GGGACUCCAUUUUGAGUGACCAUGAGGAGGACAGAGACAUCCCUGAAGACCUUAAGCAAGAUGUACUGUGUCAGCUACCUGAUGCCCACAGCCCAGACAGGGGGGCAGCCUGUAAUAAACCCCCUCACCAAAAAAGAGGCUUCAAGAAACUUGCUCUCAUCGCUGAUGGCCAAAAACCACAGACAGAAGAGAAACCCUACAAGUGUACAGAAUGCGGGAAGGGCUUUAAGGGGUGCUCCAGGCUUCUGAACCACCUGCAAACCCAUACGAGAGAAAAAACAUUUGAGUGUAUAGAAUGUGGGAAGAGCUUUAGCAGGAAGGCCAACCUGGUGGUGCACCAGAGAAUCCAUACGGGGGAGAGGCCCUACAAGUGCAAGGAAUGUGAGAAAACCUUCAGCCGUACCUCAAACCUUAUCGCUCACCGCAAAACCCAUGCAAAAAAGAAAGCCUUUUCCUGCACCACGUGCAGGAAAAGCUUCAGUGGCGGCGCAGCGCUCUUCCAGCAUCAGAGGGUCCAUAUAGAUGAGAAGCCCUAUAGGUGUACCGAGUGUGGAAGUAGCUUCCGUCUGUGCUCAAACUUCAUCAAACAUCAACGGAUUCAUUUGAGAGAGAGACCCAGUGAAUACACAUCAGAUGCAAACUAUUCUGAAUUUACAUCUCUGCAUCUAAAAGAAGAGCAAAGGUGUGGUGCAGAGAAAUGUGAGAAGGAUCACUUGAACCUUCUUGAAGAGU